AGGGUAUUAGAGUCAAAAUUCCCAGCUUUUGUCCCAGUAUUUGUCCCAGUGUUUGUCCCGGUAAAUGUCCCGGUAAACGUCCCAGUACAUGUCCCGGUACGCCUUUUUCCUGUGGGCGAGGUCGACCAGCCUCCCAAAUUUGAGGUGUGGUCGUCACAGCCCAGCAAUUACUGUUGCAUCCGCUCCAGUUUCUUGCCCCGGCAAGUGUCCCGGUAUGUGUCCCGGCAAGUGCCCCGGCAAGUGUCCCGGUAUGUGUCCCGGCAAGUGUUCCGGUAUGUGCCCCGGCAAAUGGCACUUCCCAGAAUAACACAGCACUGAUUUAUAAUAUUGCGCUGCGCAUGCGCACUGAAGUGAUUGCCUCGUGGCAGCUUAUAGAUAAAGAAUAAAUUGUGUUUACAUGUAGGAUGCUGAGUUUGAAUAAACCCAAAAGAAAGCGUCUCGCCUCUUCUAGACUUCUACAAUCAAUUGCAGAAGGUGCUACUACUGCUACUGCUACUGAUUCAUCGGAUGACGAUUUCAUUGCAGAACCUGCUAGAUCUAAAAGAUUUCCUUCAAGCGGACUGUCAUCUGCCUCAGACAGAUUGAAUGUGGCAGUGAGAAGGGGUUUAAGUGUUGUAGGUAACUCAAGUCGACCCAGGGAGCUUAGUGACAGAUUUCCUUUUUUGGGACGAUCGAAUUCUGCUCGAGCUCCUAAGCAAAGGAAAGCUCCAGGAUGCUGGAAAAUUGUACCAUGUUGCCUAGCUGGACCAUCAACACAUCAAGUACCAAGUAAAAUUGAGCUAGACUACCUUUGUCGAGAUGGCCUUGGAACGUUAUGGUUUACGAGAGAUGAGGACCCACUGGAAUUAGACUUUGUUAAUGCUGAAGAGCUACAUUUCUUGAUACUGUGCCUGUAUCCAAUGAUGGCUGGUAUCCCCUACCAGUUUUGUAGAGCAGCCGGCCUUGGUAACAAAGUGAUUGUUCCCCUACACGUAAAUGAUACCAGUUAUUCUCCCGAGAUGGAGUCCGUGAGACCUUUCAAACCAUAUUUCACCGUAAAAAUGCUGAAGGAAGCUGUGGGCAGAAAAGGUCGUUUAUAUAUUCGCCCGUUGUCUACUCUAGUGGGAGUACGUGUAUCACAACUUCAGGCCUACACACCAGCCAGCAGACGUGAUUGCUACAAAUGUAAUAGAAGCCUUAGGAUGUCUGAAAUUACAGACCAUAUGUAUGUGUGCACUGAAAGUGCCACCGAGCCUCUCAGUGAGACUGCCACUGAGCCUCCUCCCAGUGUGAGAGGAAGUGGUGUGAGAGGAAGUGCUCUCAGUGAGACUGCCACCGAGCCUCCUCUCAGUGUGAGAGGAAGUGGUAUGAGAGGAAGUGCCGUCGAGCCUCUCAGUGAGACUGCCACCGAGCCUCCUCCCAGUGUGAGAGGAAGUGCCGUCGAGCCUCUCAGUGAGACUGCCACUGAGCCUCCUCCCAGUGUGAGAGGAAGUGUGACCGAGCCUCCUCCCAGUGCAAGUGGAAGUGCCACCGAGCCUUCUUCUGGUGUGAGAGGAAGUCUGGCUGAUUAUAAUUAUGAUCACCUUUAUGAGCAAAUGGAUACAGGAGAAAUGGACACAGAAGAGGAACAAUCGCGGUCGCCUUCUCAGGAGAGAGAAUCUUUGAUGGUUUCCAGAGAAAUAAUUGCUGAGCAAGAUCAGGCCUAUGACAUUAGCUUGCGUGUUGACCGUGAAAAGGAUCGACAGAGGUUGAUAUCCCGUCAAAUGACUGAGGAUGAUGAAAUGGAUCAGAAAAUUGAGCAAGUGGUGUCUGUUGAAAGACAAAGACGAGUGGUUGAGUGGCAUCGGAGAAUUCGCAGAGAUCUGGCGGACAGAGUUCCAGCUGAGCCUCCUCCUGGCACGAUGGGAGUGUUACACACGAGAAUCAGAUUUCCUGAUGGAUCUAGAAAUUCUAGGCAAUUUUUAUUGUCUGAUCCAAUUAAUGCUAUCCGCUCCUUUGUUGGUUCGCAUGAAUCAAUCAAUCCCCGUCAAUUUCGGGUUCUUGUCAGCGAUGGUCCUGUUCCGACUGAACUUCCCACUACUGGUACUGGACCCAUCUCACAGCUGGGACUUUCGGCAUUCAUAGUUCUCAUUGGCGAAAACAGAGUUACUGAAGUUGAAGUUGAACCAGUUACCUACCACCCCUCCCUUGACUCAAACAGAUAGAGAGAGGUUAGAGAGUGUUGUUUUUCUGCGAGCAGAUUCACCAGUAAAUGAGGUUGAGGUGGAGAUGGGAAGUGUGGUGAUUGAUUUAACUGACGUUGACACUACCAACAGUCGAUUGUCUAACGUUGAUGAACAACGAGCAAGUGUGAGAUCGCAUUUACUAGACAAUGGAGUGCACUUUCUGCACACACA